CCCGGGAGAAGGAGGGCCAAGAUGGCGGAAGCGGUGGAGUCUCCCGGAGACCCAGGGACAGCAACGCCCAGGCCCCUGUUUGCAGGCCUUUCAGAUAUAUCUAUCUCACAAGACAUCCCUGUGGAAGGAGAAAUCACCAUUCCCAUGAGAUCUCGCAUUCGGGAAUUUGACAGCUCCACAUUGAAUGAAUCUGUUCAGAAUACCAUUAUGCGUGAUCUAAAAGCUGUUGGGAAAAAAUUCAUGCAUGUUUUGUACCCAAGGAAAAGCAAUACUCUUUUGAGAGAUUGGGAUUUAUGGGGCCCUUUGAUCCUUUGUGUGACGCUUGCAUUAAUGCUUCAGAGAGGCUCUGUAGAUAGCGAAAAAGAUGGAGGGCCCCAGUUUGCAGAAGUGUUUGUCAUUGUCUGGUUUGGUGCAGUUACCAUCACCCUCAACUCAAAACUUCUUGGAGGAAACAUAUCUUUUUUUCAGAGCCUCUGUGUGCUGGGUUACUGUAUACUUCCCCUGACGGUGGCAAUGCUGGUUUGCCGGCUGGUACUUUUGGCCGAGCCAGGACCAAUAAACUUCAUGGUCCGGCUUUUUGUGGUGAUCGUGAUGUUUGCCUGGUCUAUAGUAGCCUCUACAGCUUUCCUUGCUGAUAGCCAGCCUCCAAACCGCAAAGCCCUUGCUGUUUAUCCUGUUUUCUUGUUUUACUUUGUCAUCAGUUGGAUGAUUCUCACCUUCACUCCUCAGUAAAUCAGGAAAUGGAAAUUAAAAACCAGGGAAUUCAAAGCUCAUUUCAAAGAUGCAAUUUACCGUGGAGUUUUGCCUUUGGCCCUGUUUUGUCUAAUUUUGGAGGUAUUUGGUAACUGGGUAUAUGAGGAGAUUAAAAGGGAACCAUAAAGCACCGUCACCAUUUAUGUAAGGAACUGAUGUUUGAAAGGCCGUCCUUUCCUUCUUAAUGUUAUUUCUUUAAAAUAUGUGUGCAUAGUACACACAGUAUAAUGCCUCCUUAAGGCAUGAUGGGGUCACUGUGGUCCGUCUGGGUGACAACCAAUGACUUGGGAAGCACAUGGAUACAUCCUGCAAGUUGAAUAUAGAGUUGGUAACUAUAUUUUCAGUUUUGAGAAUACCAGUUCAGGUGCAGCUCUUAAACAUAUUGCCUUAUGACUAUUAGAAUAUGCCUCUCUUUUCAUAAAUAAUAA